CCCCCUGACCAUUCUUCCGAGAGAGCCGUGUCCGCCCCCUCGCCUCUGCAGAGACAAUUGGCUACUCUGGCUGUCACUCAAAGCCCGGGAGGAGGGACGAUCGGAAGAGCGGGGCCGCGCUUCCGCUCCGUUACCCACGGCUCCUAGCCGCCCGUUUUGCGCGUGCGCAGUUCGAGGGAGGGCAAGUCUGGGCGACGGACGCACGGGGGCGUGACGUCACUCGACGCGACGCGCAGUGGACUGGGAGACCGUCACGUGACCCGGGGAGGCGGUGACCAUGGCCGCCCCCGUUUCCCCCACGCUGGUGCUGGGCGAGGCCUCGGAGAGCGACUCAGAGCCGGAGCCGGGGGGGAACGCAGCCGAGACCCCCGCAGCGGGGCUGAAGGUUCCGGGGGAGGCGUCGGAGACCGAGGAGGAGGAAGAGGAGGGUGCGGCCCGAGUGCCACUGCCAGGGGUGUCCCGGGGGGCCCCCUCGCUGCUGCAGCAGUGGCUGAGGGUGGGUGAGGGGCGGCUGCGGGGGACAGUGGCUGAGGCACUGGGGUGCGCUUUCAGCAGGGCUGCGCGGCUGCUGGAAGGCCUGGGGGGGCCCCUGGGCCAAGCCCAAGCUGGGGCAGCUGCCACCGCACACUGCCUGUGCCUGGUGCGCCGUGACCUACAUGCUGUGGCUGCCACCGUAGCCACCAUCGCUGCCUGCCGCCUGCUGCCUGACAUCCGUGGGGAGCUGUGAGCACGGGGAUACCAGUGGGGCAGUGCUGGCAGCCCUGGGGAGCUGCUGGCAUUGUUCUCGCAGUGUCCCUGUCACCAAGCUGCCAGCACUGUGUCUAACGGACUUGAAGGUUGUAGUUGUCGCUGACGGCCUUCUCAUUGUCACCACGUUUCCAAUGCUGUGUCCCCUUGAGCUGCUGGUGCUGCCACCAAGAGUACUGCCACUGACCACUCAGUGUCCCAGCAGUGUUGCUGUGUCGCCUGGGCUGUGGGGACCUUGGUGUCGCAGAGACAUUGUCACCGAAUGGAAGCUCCUGAUAAUUGCUUGAUCCAGAAUUCUGUGGUUUUGCCCUGUUUAGGGGAUCUGUGGGAUGUGGCACUGGAUAAAGCCCUUUGGAGACACAGCUGUGGCGCGGACACGACUUUCACUAGGGGGGUGGCAGCAUGUUUACCCGUGGCAUCGUGGUCCCAGUGGUCUGAGCAUGGUCCCUUUUGUUGCUCCUCAUGUCCCCUGGCUGUGGCCCUGUCCCGUGUGUCCCUUCCUGCCAUAUGAAUGUCCCCAGCACCUGGCUACUGUCCCCAAGCUGUGGCUACAUCCUGUCACCCUGAGUGCCCCCUGGACAUGUUCUCAGCCCGCUGCUGCCCCCGUGUGCUCCUCUGAGAACUUCAGCAGGGGACAGGGAGAAGUACAUGUGAUACGCCACAGAGCCACGCAGGUCUAUUAGUGCAUCCUGCCAGGGCUGUCACUCCCCUGUGGGACACCGGCGAUACCCCCUGGGUGCUGAUGGGCUUGCAGCAUCAAAAUGCCUGGGGCCUGGUAAGGGUCCUGGGGGCACCUGGUGUCUCCAGAAGGGUCCCAAAUGUCCCCAGGGACUGACCUGAGGGGCGGUGGAAAACCAGGAUGCAGUUCACUUUUCUCAUUCCCCUGUGUCGUGGCAAAGGGGAGAGGUUUUGUGAAGGGCACAGUUGUGCUGGAUUCCUUUCGUAAAGGUUCUAGACCUCAGUUCCCUUCCUGUAUCCAAAUUAGAAUGAAAAAAUAGGAUUGAAAGUCCAUCUUUUGAGGAAGAACCUCUGAGCACUUGUAACUGGCAGUGCUUUGAUAGUCUUGAUAAUGUGUUCCAUAAGGAGUGCUGGGUGAUGCUGUCUGAUACCAUCAAUUUUGAGUAUGCUCCAUACAAAGUUUCCCUCUGUGGAAGUAAGGAAACAAAACGUGGUGAUUUGAUGCUAUGGCGUUAUUAUGGUGUUACUUGAGUCUCGGAUUCUAGAGUCUGAGGAUUCUAUGAAUUGAUUAUUUGAGGAUUCUAUGAGAAUGCUAUGAGGAUACUAGCUCUGUGAUGAUUCAAGGCUUCAGUUGUGUGGUGAUUCUGAUUCCUCACCAAGAGGAUAGAUUCCCAGAUUUGUAGCUAUGCAAUGUGAUAUAUUUCCAUAUCCAUCCCUGUGCAUAGUGUGUGGCAUAGUACUGAGUGGCUGACACAACCCAAGCAAAAUCAAUUUCUGCAGGUUAUUAAAAAAAAUAAAAAUCCUUUGCUUUA